CAUUUGUUUCAAGGAAACCUCCAACUUUCUCGCUGAUAAAACCUGCCACUGGACACAAGAGGUCAGAUACAUUGACCUGGAGAUAGAGGGAAAGAACUAAACCUGAGGAAGAUAAAUAGGCCGUUGCUUCCAGAAACUUCCUGAGAAGGGGCACAGGGCAAAGAGGUCCUUGAAACAUGCGGUAGGCUAAAUUAAAACAGAGAGAAGUGAGCCGUGCUAUCUGGUGGAAUCCAUGACAGGAUGUGCUGAGGGUAGAGUGCAGAUCUACAAGUCUCACAUUGGAUUAAGAAGACCCAAGAGCAUCAGCUGCAGCAUCAGGGAUGGGAUUUCCCAUGAUCCUCUGCCUCUCUUCACUGACCUGCCUCUCCUUUGUGAUUGGUGGAGACUGCCAGACAAAUGCUUCCCGUGACAACGCCCUGACACCUCUCCAUGACAGCCGCGCUCGCUCCCCAAAUGGCCCCGCCCCCUUGCCUCGCCCUGCCUCUCACUCCAACGCUUCUGUCCGUGGGCUUGGAGGCUCAGGGGCGCCCCCUGGCUGUGUGCAGCCCACAGCGGCAAAGCUGGUGUUUAAGUACGUCAACACGCUGCUCUCCUGCGUCAUCUUCGUGGUGGGGAUUGUGGGUAACUCCACACUCCUGCGCAUCAUUGGUGAGAAUAAAAGCAUGCGCACGGGCCCAAAUGCUCUGAUUGCCAGCCUUGCACUGGGAGACCUCAUCUACAUCGUGUUUGCCAUUCCCAUCCACAUCUAUAAGCUCAUAGCGAUGCGCUGGCCGUUCUCUGACAGUGUGUUGGGACUCCUCUUGUGUAAGCUUGUGCCUUUUGUGCAGAAGGCCUCUGUGGGAAUCACUGUACUCAACCUGUGUGCCCUAAGUGUGGACAGGUACCGUGCGGUAGCCUCCUGGACACGUGUGCGGGGCGUGGGAGUGCCGGUGCAGACGGUGCUGGAGAUCGUGUGUAUCUGGGGCGUGUCGGCCGUGCUGGCGGUGCCGGAGGCCAUGGGCUUCCGCAUGGUGGCCUUCUCCUACCGCAACACCUCCACACACACCUGCAUGCUGCAGCCCACCACCCCCUUCCUCAGGUUCUACAGGGAUGUAAAGGACUGGUGGUUGUUUGGGUUUUAUUUCUGUGUGCCGCUGCUGUGCACGGCUGUCUUCUACUCACUGAUGACCGGGCACAUGCUGCACCAGCGCAAGCAGCUCAAAUCAGCACUCAGCCAGCACCUCAAACAGAGGCGUGAAGUUGCGAAAGCAGUCUUUAGUCUGGUGGUGAUUUUUGCGCUUUGCUGGUUCCCUCUGCACCUCAGCCGCAUUCUCAAGAAGCUGAACUACAGCCCUCAGGACACACACCGCUGUGACCUGCUCAAUUUCCUCUUGGUGCUGGACUACCUGAGUGUGAACCUGGCCACUGUCAACUCCUGUAUCAAUCCCAUCAUCCUCUACUUUGUCAGCAAGAAAUUUAAAAACUGCUUCAGGUCCUGUCUGUGCUGCUGGUGUCCCUCUGGUAGGAGCCAUGCUCAUUCCAGCCCUAAGAAACACAAAGCCCUUCUCACAUAAAUGUGUCUGAAUAUCACAGUAUGUGUCUUUGUGUAUGUACAGUGUGUCCUUGUGUGUGAAAUGAUGGCCUAAUAGAAAGAAUGACUGCUAUGUGUUUGUGUUUUUUAACAAUUAAAGUUUUAAAUCCUCAA